UCUCAGUGUGGAGAUACACGCAUCAUCACUGAGGGAGAGGAGGGACGGGGAGAAAGUUUGGAAACGAGUGAGAGGAGGCAGAAACUGAAUGAGAGGGACAGAGCUCAGCGGUCUUGGAGAACAGGAGGAUACUCAAGAGGGGGGAAAAAUCUCCAUCUUGUUCUACUACCGACCGGGGACCGCAGCACUUGCCUGUUUCUCUUCGCAUGUAUGGCUUGUGGUGUUUGUGAGUGGUAAUCUGCUGCUCGUGUGUGAGUGUGUGGAGGUGACGGUUCCUGAACAUGCGGCGGCUGAAGGAGACUGUGUUCUGCGCGGCACUGCUGCUGCUUCUUACUAUGUGCACCCUAAAGACACAUGCAGCUAAUGUGAUGGAUGUGCUGAGGGCACUGGAGCUUUCUGAAGACAUGGAGGGGGUUACAGUGGAGGCCGGUCUGUGCACAGAGAGAAAGGGCACUUCAGAAACAGACAUGGCUUACAGGAUAGAUAAGAAAAUUCAGCUCAGCGCCCCGACUAAACAGCUCUUUCCAGACUCCGCUUUCCCUGAGAACUUCUCUCUGAUGACGACGGUGAAGGCCAAGAGAAACUCUCAGUUCUUCCUGCUGUCUUUGUAUGAUGAGCAGGGGGUCCAGCAGCUGGGCCUUGAAAUGGGCCGGUCACCUGUGUUCCUCUAUGAAGACCACAAAGGCCAGCCGGCUCCAGAUCUAUACCCUUUAUUUAGAAAAAUCAAUCUUUCGGAUGGCAAAUGGCAUCGGAUCGCCUACAGCGUGGAGGGAAAGUCGGUUACGCUGUACCUGGACUGUAAGAAAGUGCAGACACUGGAAUUAAUGCGCGGAGAUGAUCCUGUGGUCAGCACUGAUGGAGUUAUCGUGUUCGGGACGAGGUUAUUAGAUGAGGAGGUUUUUGAGGGCGAGAUCCAGCAGCUCCUGCUUGUGGAUGAUCCUCAGGCUGCGUCUGACUACUGCCAAGAUUACAUUCCCGAUUGUGACAGUCCUUUGCCCUACAGUGCACAGAAACUGGAUCCUGAGGAGCAGGAGAGGCCGAUUAAAACACCAGAGGUCGAGGAGUUUAGUGAUGACCUUUACGGCGAUCAGCACAAUGUGCUCUCAGUCUCCACAGUGACAGUCGGCCCCAAUAUCACUGAUUAUGAGGUCUUGGAGUACGAGGAGUUUAAAAAUGCCUCAGACAGCCACGAGCUGGAAUAUGAAGAGUAUGAGAUUUAUGAGGAGCGAUUUGACCAUGCAGAGAGGGAAAGGCCAGACACAUGGGGCGGAGAAGGUGUGCGAUUUGCAAAAGGACAGAAGGGAGAGCCAGCUGUCGUUGAACCCGGUGCAGUUUUUCAAGGACCUCCCGGCCCACCAGGUCCACAAGGUCUUCCAGGAAUUCCUGGAAUCACAGGACCCCCGGGACCCAGCGGAGACCCAGGUGAUGUGGGUCCAGAGGGACGUCCGGGGCUGCCUGGUGCUGAUGGGAUACCGGGUCCUCCAGGCACUAUGCUCAUGUUACCCUUCCACUAUGGAGGAGACUCUCAGAAAGGACCCAUGAUUUCAGCUCAGCAGGCACAGGCUCAAGCCAUCUUACAGCAGACCAAACUUUCACUGAAGGGCCCUCCAGGUCCAUUAGGUCUCACAGGGAGGCCAGGCCCAGUGGGUCUUCCAGGUCCCAGCGGACUGAAAGGGGACAUUGGAGAGAACGGGCCUCCGGGGCCACGGGGGUUACCUGGUUCUGCUGGUCCUAAUGGGAAACCAGGGAAGAGGGGCCGUUCAGGGGCAGAUGGAGGGCGAGGGGCGCCUGGAGAGACAGGAGCAAAGGGUGACAGGGGCUUUGAUGGACUACCUGGCCUUCCAGGGAACAAAGGACACAGAGGAGAUAGGGGGAAACCAGGACCCCAAGGCCCACACGGAGAGCCUGGUCACAAGGGUUCGGAUGGACCUGUUGGACCAAGAGGGCAACCGGGAGAACCUGGGAUAAGAGGACUUGUGGGGCCAAGAGGGCCACCUGGACCACCUGGGCAGCAGGGAAUUCAAGGCGUUGAUGGUGUUCAAGGGCCAAAGGGCAACUUGGGACCCCUUGGAGAACCCGGACCUCCAGGUCAACAGGGGAACCCAGGCAUACAAGGCUUUCCUGGUCCACAGGGGCCUAUAGGUCUACCAGGAGAGAAGGGCCCUGAGGGCAAACCUGGUAUGCAGGGCCUUCCUGGGAUUGAUGGUCCUCCUGGUCAUCCUGGAAGAGAGGGACCCCCUGGGGAGAAGGGACACCAGGGUUUAUCAGGAGCACAAGGGCCGGUUGGAUAUCCUGGGCCUCGUGGAGUGAAGGGCGCAGAUGGGGUGAGGGGACUGAAGGGUAGCAAGGGCGAGAAGGGUGAGGAUGGUUUCCCUGGAGCCAAAGGUGAAAUGGGCAUCAAAGGAGACAGAGGUGAUAAUGGUUCUCCUGGAAGUCGUGGUGAAGAUGGGCCAGAGGGACCAAAGGGUCAAUCAGGACCUUUAGGAGAGCCUGGAUCUGCAGGCAUUGCUGGAGAAAAGGGGAAACUUGGUGUUCCAGGAUUGCCUGGUUAUCCCGGUAGGCAGGGCUCAAAGGGAUCAGUGGGCUUUCCUGGAACAGCUGGUUUGGAAGGAGAGAAAGGAAAGAGGGGACCUGCUGGACAGGCUGGUGCAGAUGGUGAAAGAGGUCCAAAUGGUGCACGUGGGGGAAGAGGAGCACGAGGUCCAACAGGGAAGCCUGGAGCCAAGGGCUCUGCUGGUCAUGACGGCCCACCAGGUGCCACAGGAGAGAGAGGCCCUCAAGGACCGCAAGGACGCAAUGGAGAGGCUGGGCCAAAGGGACCAAAUGGCCCUCCUGGAAAAGAUGGGUUGCCGGGUCACCCAGGUCAACGAGGAGAGCCAGGAUUUCAAGGAAAGACUGGUCCCCCUGGGCCUGCAGGAGUGGUUGGACCACAGGGCAAAACUGGGGAGACUGGACCCACCGGUGACAGGGGCCACCCAGGUGCACCAGGACCUCCUGGAGAGCAAGGUCUGCCAGGAGCUGCAGGCAAAGAAGGGACCAAGGGAGAUCCAGGCCCCGCAGGGCAGCCCGGGAAGAGUGGUCCUGCUGGGCGGCGUGGAUUCAGAGGAGAAAGAGGCUUACCUGGCAUUCUGGGCUCUUCUGGUUUGAAGGGUGGAGAGGGCCCACUUGGUGUUGCAGGGCCAAUUGGUGCCACCGGAGAGAGAGGAUCCUCUGGACCUGCAGGUGCCAUUGGCCAACCUGGUCGUCAGGGGGGUGUCGGCCCUGCUGGGCCAAUGGGAGAGAAGGGCGAACCAGGUGAAAAAGGUUCAAUUGGCCCUGCAGGACGCGAUGGAGAACAAGGGCCUGUGGGAUUACCUGGACCUGCUGGGCCACCGGGCCCACCUGGAGACGAUGGAGACAAGGGGGAGACAGGUGGACCAGGGCAGAAAGGCAGCAAAGGAGACAAAGGAGAAGGAGGUCCCCCCGGGCCACCUGGGAGCCAAGGACCUGCUGGACAGCCAGGACCACCAGGUCUGGAUGGAGAGCCAGGGCUCCGGGGACAGCAAGGGAUGUAUGGCCCUAAAGGUGAUGAAGGAGAACGAGGUUUUAAAGGGGCAACUGGACCACCAGGGUUGCAGGGAAUGCCAGGACCCCCUGGAGAGAAGGGAGAAAGUGGCCAUGUUGGAUCUAUGGGCCCUCCAGGACAACAUGGUCCACGCGGUCCCCAGGGAGCCAUUGGAGGAGAGGGUCCUCAGGGCAUGCCGGGCGCAGUGGGCCAGCCAGGAGUGGUGGGAGAAAAGGGUGAGGAUGGGGAAGCUGGGAAUCCAGGAAAUGUGGGAGAAACUGGCCUGGUUGGAGAAAAAGGUGAGGUGGGUGAGAAGGGGGAUGCUGGCCCCCCUGGGGCUGCAGGACCCCCCGGAAUCAGAGGCAUACCUGGAUCAGAUGGACCCAAAGGAAACCCAGGGCCCCUUGGAUUCCCUGGUGACUCUGGACCCUCUGGAGAGCCAGGUGUUAAUGGCAUAGAUGGUGGACCUGGAGCUAAAGGGGAUAAUGGCGAACCUGGUAAAUCUGGACCCCAAGGUGCCUCUGGAGAGCCUGGCCCUCCAGGACCCCCUGGACGAAGGGGUCAUAUAGGUCCUGAGGGAAAAGAAGGGAAGCAAGGAAAAAAGGGGGCAAAGGGCUCUGCUGGUGCUGAAGGUCCGAUAGGAAAGACAGGGCCUGUUGGACCACAGGGACACCCAGGAAACCCUGGUCCAGAGGGUUUGCGUGGAAUUCCAGGCUCUGCUGGGGAGCAGGGGUUAAAUGGACCCCCUGGGCAAACGGGACCUCCAGGACCUAUGGGACCAGCUGGAUUACCAGGACUGAAAGGAGAUCCAGGCAUUAAAGGAGAUAAGGGUCACGGUGGGCUUAUUGGUCUAAUUGGACCACCAGGAGAAAUGGGAGAGAAAGGAGAUCGGGGCCUGCCUGGGAUUCAGGGAAUACAAGGAACCAAAGGAGAUGGUGGUGCUGGUGGCCCCCCUGGCCCUACUGGCCCUCCUGGACCCCCUGGGUUGUCUGGUGCAAUAGGUGAGAAAGGAUCUAAAGGGGACCAGGGAGCCAUUGGUGCAAGAGGAGAUACAGGACCUGCUGGGCCACCUGGACCACCUGGCCCUCCAGCCGCUAUGAUUGAGCCACUGCCAAUCAGAGAGGGGCGCAAAAAGCGAAGGAGACACUCAAAUCGACAAGGAGCCGAGUCCAGGGCAGAGGCUGAGGAAGAGGAAGCGGUUCAGCUCAACAUGGAGGAUUUCCUACAGGCAGAUGAAGCUCUGGAUGAGCCGGAAGGCAUGGAGGAGGUGUUCGCUUCACUCAACUCAAUGAAAACAGAGGUGGAGCUCAUGAGGAAACCUCUCGGGACCUUUGAGAGUCCUGCCCGCACAUGCAAGGAGCUGAUGUUGUGUCACCCCGAUUAUAAAGACGGUGAAUAUUGGAUUGACCCAAACCAAGGCUGUCAUCGAGACUCCAUCAGGGUUUUCUGCAACUUCACGGCAGAGGGGGAGACCUGCCUGCACCCAGAUAAACGAUUUGAAACGGUGAAGCUGGCCGCCUGGAACAAAGAAAAACCGGGCAGUUGGUACAGCCAGUACAGAAAGGGCAAACAGUUCUCCUACAUUGACACUGAGGGAAACCCAGUUCCUGUGGUUCAGAUGACCUUCUUGAAGCUCCUCAGUGCCACAGCGAUGCAGACGUUCACCUUUAGCUGCCAGAACUCCAUCGGCUGGUACGAUAUGUCGAACCAUAACCAUCAACAUGCCUUACGGUUUCGAGGUAGCAACGAUGAGGAGAUGACGCAAGACAAAUCGCCCUUCAUUACUGCGCUUUAUGAUGGAUGUCAGACACGAAAGGGUCUAGAUACAACCGUUCUCCAGAUCAACUCUCCGCGAUCAGAGCUCCUUCCACUCAUCGAUGUUGCCAUUUCAGACUUUGGGAGUAACAACCAGAAGUUCGGAUUUCAUGUCGGAACAGUAUGUUUUAGCGGCUAAUACAGAUCUGCCUCAUUGCACUGCUUACCAGCUAAAAAAAAAGAAAGAAAUCAAGGCUGCAAGUGAUAUUUAUUGAGUAAUGUGUAAGCGGUGGCUUUGUGGCAUGUUUUCAAAUGACUCUUGAACAUCUGAUGGAUUUCCAAAUCCCUCAAUUCCACGAUGGCUACGCUAGGAUGCCAACCGGGACCAACUGAGCACAUUUAUCAAAGGGAAGAGUCUUUUUCUGUCUGUCUUUAUACUCUACUCACCUGUGGAUUAAAUUAUGAGGCGCGACCCACUAGAUUUCCGAGAACUGCUCCGACUGAAAAACAAAUGCAUCACUUCUGUGUCAUCCGCUCCGCAGGCUGCUUUAGCCCAUCGCGCGCUAUAUUUUUGAACUUAAAGCCUGUUACUCAGUUCUCAUUUGUUGUUUGUCUCAUUUGAUAGCGAUGGUUCAAAAUUAAUUUGCCACAUGAGGGAUCGGCUUCGAUGUUGAAGAGUCAAUAUUUCGCCGACCCGCGUUCCUGCCUUCACUGCAACGUGACGCCAACUGGGGCGAAGCUAUACCUCUUUACUAGUUUUGACAAGGAAAACACCACCCCGAUCUGCUUGUAAUUCCUUGCUCGAAUAUCCCCUGUCACAUCAAACUUGCAGUGUUACUCAUCUUUAAUCAGUGUACGCUCAUACAUAAACAAUGUUAAAUAAGGCCCGAGCUUUUCAAAACGCAAAGCAGUUUAUGUGCAUGACUCAAAUGGAGCCCAGCUGCUUAUUAAUAUGUAAAGUAGUGCGCUCACUUAAGCUGCUUGUCUUGUUAGCAGGCAGGCUAGUAUGUUUGCCUGUCAGAGAUCCAUGUUUCUAUGGUGCUUGCGUAUCAACCUUUGCUCCACACAGCUGAAUUGCUAUAUAUAUAUAUAUAUGUGUGCGUGUGUGUGGUAUUGAAUGAGAAUUCAUCAAGAGAGGGGCGUCAUAGCAGCAUUACACUGAAGACGAACUAAAUAAUGCUUCUCUUUUUGGUGUAAACUCAUUGAAUUUAGGAUCAUCAACCUCAGAGUAUUGUGUGUAUGUCUUGUCUUGUUUGUUGUGUGUUCCUAUUGUGGUGCUAAAGAGAUUUUUUUUUUUUUUUUGGCUAUGUGUAAUGAUUAUUUGUUGUCUCAGGGGCAGAGGAAGGAAAAGGGAAGACAUCUGUGGUGCUUAAUACUAAUGCAGGGAGAAGACACUCUCAGAAAAACACACACAGCUGUAAUAAACAGCCAAUAUGGUGCAGAAUGCAUGUUCAUCUAGCAGUUGUUCAUCAUUAGUGAUUAUAUUAGGUCAACGGACUGGCAAAUUAUGUAAAUAUACACAAAAUUGCUGAGAUUAAAUGCUUUUUACAUUCAUUUUAUAACUGUAAACUCUUAAAAAAUGGACAAAAUACAGGCUAAAGGCCUUUUCACUGCACAAGUGAUAUGACAGCAAUGACUACAGUAUAUAGACCAUUUCAAUGUGGCGAUGUGAUUGGCCUGUUUUCCUGCUUGUUAUCAAACUAUUUCAUAACUGUAACAAGAGGCAAUUCAAUCCAAACUUAAUGUAAAAACAGUGAUUAUAACAUUAUUUAUCAAAAUGUGGCUCUUUUUGAAUUCUCGGAAGCUAUAGAAAUUGAAAAUGUAAAACAGGAAAUACGUUGGGACCAUUGUUUUUGUUUACAUGCCUCAAAAUGGUCCCAAAUGCAUGCUAUUGCAUAACACUUGAGUUCUUUAAAACAGGAUGAGUUCUGAUUGGCUGUUGAUUAGCUGAAAUAAAAAUCGUUCUCAAAUGUUAUUCCGAC